CCAAACAAACGAAGCCCAAUAUGCAGCUAGGUCUUCAUUUCACGGCCACACUUUCAGUCUUUCACUCUCCCUCUCGCCACCACCUUCUCUGCAUCGUCCUCAUUCCCUGAUACUGAGUUACACUCAGAGCGAUGUGGAGGUCAGUUGUGGCUGCAAGAGCCUCUCUUUCUAGAUGCUCAGCUCGUAAGUUAUCUUUCACUAAUACCCACACCUCUAAAACCCUACUCCAAUCUCCUCCACCCUCUCUUCCUAGACCCACUAAACCCCAAAACCCUAGAUUCUUCUCCCAGCUUUCUCAAUCCUCCAAUGGCGAUGUUCCUGUUUCUCCAGAUGCAGAGGAGUCUCCAGAGUCUUUUGGCGAAAAUGAUAGUGCCCUGGCGAACGAUUUGCAAGAUUCAGUGAGUUCUGAUGAAAUUAGCAGUGCCCUCUUGAAUGGUUCUGCAAAUGAUGAAUUGAAUGAGCAAUUUUCAGUGAGUAAUGAAGAAAAUGGUGAUACCCGAAUGGAGAUUGAAGAGGGAGUACGUGAGAUUAAUGUGGAGCAGUUGGAAAAUCUUUUGUCUAUUCUUCAGAGCAGCUUUGAUGGGUCUUUAGAAUCGAUUCUUGAGGAAAUGAGUUUGGAUCUAAAUGAAGAGUUUGUGUUAAGAGUGCUUGAAACCCCCAAUAUUUUGGGUGAGAAUCUGAUUAGUUUUUUCAAGUGGGCUUCGAAGGAAGGAUCAGAGUUUAAAGUAACUUCUCGUGCUGUUGAUGCACUUGUUCAAUCUGUAUGUUGCAAUCUAAGGAAGAAAGAUGCAUAUGCAUUGUGGGAUUUGGUUAAGGAUAUUGGUGAGAAGGAAAAAAAUGUCAUCAUCACUGUUGAGAGUCUCAAUGAAUUGAUUGGGUUGUGCUCAAAGUUGGGUAAAGCAAAGGCUGCUAUGGAGAUUUUUAACAAGUUUGAAGAUUUCUAUUGUGAACCAAAUGCAGAUACGUAUUACUUCACAAUUGAUGCACUCUGCAGGCGCUCCUUCUUUGAUUGGGCUUUGUCCAUUUCUGAGAAGAUGAUCGAUUCAGGGAAACUCCCAGAUGCUGAGAAAGUUGGUAAGAUCAUUUCCUGGUUUUGUAAAGGUAAAAAGGCUAAAGAUGCUUACUUGAUUUAUACUUUGGCAAAGGAAAAAGAGCUGUACCCUCCUGGCUGUUCCAUUAAUUUUUUGAUCAGUUCCCUUUGCCGUGAAGAUGAUAACGUGAAAUUAGCACUGGAAAUAUUAGAUGAUAUUUCUGGUAAAGAAAGGAAAUACGCUAUUAAGCCAUUUUCUGUUGUUAUUAGAGGUUUGUGUAGGACUAAAGAUGUUAAGGAGGCCAAAAAUUUGCUUCUUAAAAUGAUAGCAUCUGGCCCACCUCCUGGAAAUGCAGUUUUCAAUUCAGUCAUUCAUGGUUUUGCUAAGGCUGGAGAUAUGGGAGAGGCAUUAGACAUUAUGAAACUGAUGGGAAAGAGAGGCUUAAAGCCAGAUGUCUACACUUACACUGUUAUUAUUAGUGCUUAUGUCAAUGGAGGUCAGAUGGAUGAGGCUUGUAAAAUCUUAUCACAAGCCAAAAGAAAGCAUUCUCAGCUUAGUCCUGUGACUUACCACACUCUUAUCCGCGGUUAUUGUAAACUGGAAGAGUUUGAUAAGGCUCUAAAGUUGCUGGCUGAGAUGAAAGAUCAUGGGGUACAAGCUAACACUGAUGAGUACAAUAAGUUAAUCCAAUCUCUUUGCCUUAAAGCCUUAGAUUGGGAAACAGCAGAAAAACUAUUAGAGGAAAUGAAAGAGAAGGGCUUACAUCUUAAUGGGAUUACUAGAGGCUUAAUAACAGCAGUCAAGGAAUUAGUGAUUGAGGAAGUUGAGGCUGCUAAGACUAGUAGUAUAGAGGCCUAAUUAUUCUCUGGCUGCUGGAAUGGGAAUGGCCAAGUUCAAAACUACAGUUACUCUUGUGUGUUUAGUAUUACAUCUCUCAAAUGCCAAAAAAUGAAGUCUUUAACUUUCUUUCUUCAAUGUAAUGGCUUUUUUUGCUUGAACUGUAUGGGAAAGCUUUGUAGGUAUGUGCCCAGAUGUUAGUAGUUGGGUGGAUGUCCUUGCAAGGUGCAAUUUUUUUCCCCCUACCUUUUCUUAUUCAUUCGUUUCUUAAUCAGACUAAGAAAUAAUUGAUGAAGUGCUACAAUAUUAUCAAACCUUUUACACAA